AAUACUCAAACUCAACGAAGAAGAACAUCACGUGACCCGUAGAUACAGUUCACAUGUGGGAUGUUCAUCUUCCACGUUUCUUUUGAUUUGUAGGUUUUAUUUACUUUUACACAUAAAGAAGCAAAAUGGCUUCCAGCUGUCGACGACCGGAACACUCAGCUCCUCCGGAUGUGUUCUACAAUGAAGAUGAGGCAAAGAAAUACUCUCAGAACUCGCGGAUGAUUGAGAUCCAGUCCCAGAUGUCAGAGAGAGCUGUGGAGCUCUUAAACCUGCCGGAGGGUCAGCCCUGCUUCCUGCUGGAUGUUGGAUGUGGAUCUGGUUUGAGUGGAGACCACCUGUCAGAGGAGGGACACUACUGGGUGGGAAUGGACAUCAGCACUGCGAUGCUGGAUGUGGCUCUGGACAGAGAAGUGGAAGGAGACCUCCUGUUGGGAGACAUGGGCCAUGGGAUGCCUUUCCGACCGGGAACGUUUGACGGCUGCAUCAGUAUUUCUGCACUGCAGUGGCUUUGUAAUGCAGACAAAAGGUCACACAGCCCUCCAAGGAGACUCUACACAUUCUUUAGUACUCUCUACUCAUCUCUGGCACGGGGGUCCCGUGCAGUUUUUCAGCUUUAUCCAGAAAACUCCGAACAGCUGGAGCUGAUCACAGCUCAGGCCAUGAGAGCAGGUUUCAGCGGAGGGAUGGUGGUGGAUUAUCCCAACAGCAGCAAGGCUAAAAAGUUUUUCUUGUGUCUGUUUGCCGGAGUGACCGGAGUUCUUCCUAAAGGUUUGGGGUCAGAAACGUCAGGCAGAACAGUUCCAAACCAGGUUCAGUAUUCAGGACAAAGGUGUCGUUUUAAAAACAUGAAGGGGAAGUCGGUGAAGAAGGGACGAGAUUGGAUAUUGGAUAAGAAGGAGAGAAGAAGAAGACAGGGAAGGGACGUUCGACCUGACACAAAAUACACCGGACGUCAGCGGAGACCUCACUUCUAGCUUUGACUCAUGCAGCUGAGCCUUUAUUAGUUAUUGUUACACACACACACACACACACACACACACACACACACACAUACACACACACACACACGCAUGCACACACACAUGCACACAGAGCUGCAGCAUGAUAGGACUUUCAGCUCAUUAAUUCAAGUGGAUGAGACGCAGGCGUGAAAGACUGUUCUAGCUAAUGGCCUUUUAUAUUUGGGGAAGUGUUUUAGCUCUGUGGUUUCUCUCUUAACUGCUGAGAUCCAUGUCUGGUUUUGCUGGAAGUGUGUGACUAAAUAUGUGUGCUGCUGCAGAGAAGAGAAAACGGCUAAAGUGUUGAAGAAUUAAAACUGGUCUACAAGUUUAAUCCAACUUUUUGUUAAACUCACAGAAAUAUCUCAGUUUGUUUUCUGACAAUGAUGAAUCUGUUUUAAAGGUGAGAUGAAAAAUAGCAUAAAAUUAUUUAAGAACUGUUCAUGAGGGAGACAAUGUUAUGUGACUUGCAAAUUAUUUGAAAUAAAUGUUCUGCUCAUGGCUGAAAA